AUGCUUAUUUUUGUGUUAACAGAGGUGGCUAUUGAGAAAGGAAUAGUACAUGAAGUGACACAAAUUGCAACUUGCAACUUCAUCCAGUGUGGUAAUUAUCUGGGCUGGGCACACUUGACCAUGUUUCUAUGGUACUCUGAACUGUGCUGCACAUGUGGGAGGACAACAUCUGGAAUUCAUCUGUGUAGCAUCAGCAAAUUGGAGAUGAUCAGUCCGGGAGCCCACUGUGCCAAAAUGGAGUUGAUAGCCACAACAAAAGAUGGGAAGAAAAUCUGUCUGGACACAGAAGCUCCAAGAAUCAAGAGAAUAAUCCAGAAAAUGUUAGCACGUGAAGGGUCAGCUGAUUAAUCUGUUCUUGUUCUUUUAUACUGCCUAUCCCCAUAAAAGGGUAGAUUUCAGAAAUCUUAACUUGCCAGAAUUCUUUAUCCGGAAUAUUUGCUGCCACUGUAUUGAAAUUGGACUCUGACGCAGAGCAUUCCAUACAGGCUGGCUCAGCACUAUGACAGAAAAAUGAAAACAGACGCAUCCAUAGGAUUCUCUACUCUCUGACUCAUGGCUAUAUGUUGGACAGUGCUUGCUUUGCAUCUCCUUCUUUGAAGAUUUCUUUCCAAAUGUAUCUGUGUUCAUUGUUUUCACUGCUUCACUGUUCGAAUAGACAAGGAGCAGUCUUAGGAAUUGCUCAGAGCCCAGCAUAGUUACUUGUAUGCUCAAUGUGUGUUAAUAAAGAUUUUGAUUUCUUGGG